AUGGUUGCGAGAAAUUCAUCUGUGAAAUCAAAAUCUCGUUCACAGCUUUAUGACACUGUAUUCGUGUUUACUCACCAGGACAAAGUAGACGACGAACUUCGCAAUCUACCCGAUGAUACAUUAAUACUUGUGUAUUUCUUAGGCAUUCCUCAAAAUCCUGUUACUCGACCCCUAUGUGCUCAAAAUCCUGCAAAUUAUUUAAAAACUUUGGCAACCAGAAUGAAGCGUCUUCCUGCCGGCUUUUUGGAUCAAAAGAUCAUUCUCUGUGUCGGCAUGGAGACAACAUCUGUACUAAAAUCAGUACUGUGCGCAAGUUCACCUGUCUUUGCAAAAAUGUUUGAAAACGGAAUGCUGGAAAAUAUACAGAAUACUGUUACUGUCCAAGAUAUCGAAAUGCCUGUACUAAAUAACCUAAUUCAAUUCCUGUACACAGGAAUAGUGCCUGAUGAAAGUGUGGAGCAUUUGUGUGCCCUGUAUUAUGCCGCUGAUAAAUACGACAUCACUGAAUUGCUCGUUGGUUGUCGAGACUUGUUACAGCAUAAAAUUACUGUAGAUAAUGCGGCUGAACUAUUCAAAUUAUCCAGUGUCCAUAGUGAUGAGAUUUUGAAAUCCUAUGUUGUGGGCUUUUUCAGAGAGCACUUAAAUUCUGUUCUUUUGACCAAAGGUUGGUUAGAAAUGAUGAACAAUGAUACUAUGAUAGCAUUAGAAGCUAUCGCAACAUUUAAUGUGGAUUCUGGAAUCUGA